UGAACAAUAAUUGGAUUUUAUGGUUCUGAGUGGAAUAAUUGACAGUUGACACAUUUUUUGAAGCAACAGAUGCAUUCUUCUCAACAUUCAUGAUCGUGUGAAUGCCGAACUACUGGUUAAACAUUUUACAUGUUUUAGGCAGUCUUAAUUUCAUUCGUAUUAAUGCCGCUCACCUCGGCAAUGAACUAAACUUUUAAAUAGCCUUCCCUCUCAAAACGUGCAUAAUUAUGAACUUGCAUUUUAAGACAAUUACCACUUAACAAAUAUAGUAAAAUCGCGCUUGAUCAACGUUAUUACAGAAAGCGGAGUGUUCGAAGAUUUUAUUUAUUUUACUCCUAAGCAAACGCACCUGGUGAAAUCCAGACUCUGUUUGGAAAUGGUUGAAAUUGGUUCAAUAGCAGCUUUCAUACCCGUCAAAGCAGAUACUCGAUGGCUGACGUCAAAAUCAACUUUGUCUCUUGCAAGGGGGUAAAGGCGAAUCGCUACAACCAACGCUUCGAGCCCAAAGACUUGAAUCAUCACCAAUACCAACGCCAUUGUCAUUAUUGCCUUUAUUAGAUGGAAACAACUUUGUCUUUAGAAAGGGAACUCCAUGCUAGGAGGUAUAGGCGAGUGGCGAAAAAAAAAAUCGACGCUUAACUACAAAGGACAUAAGUCAUCAUUGACACCACUUCUCUUAUUGAUCAUCAAAAUGGCAUCAACGACGAGGAUGGAUCAAAGGAACCGAAUUUCUUUGAGUUGAACUUCUCUGCUUUCCAUUACAUUGAUGAUUUAUGGUUACUAUAGAGAUUUAAAAAAAAAACCGGCAAGACUUGAACCAAUCGUCUGAGAUGUUGUGACGCAAGGUUGUGUGAUAGCGAAUUUCUUCCGACAUCGGCAAAUAAAGGUAACUUUGGAAUCAUGAUGAAGGAUAUUCACCAGUUCAGUACUAAUAAUCUGCACAACGACUGGUGAAAAUUCAUUUCUUCGAUACUUCAAGAGCAAGGAAAGAGAUCGAGAUAUCAAAUGAUCUCUAUGUCCUACUUAAAUUUAAGAUAUAUUUACACUUCACAUACUGAGUCCAAGUGCUAACGAGAACAUGGAUUGUAUCAAUUAUGACAUUAUUCAGAUACGAGAUUUUUAUUCAAAGUGAUCACUAUACGAGUAACGUUUGUCACAUCAAUCACAUUAGUUUCAUAUUUCUUACAAAGGGGACUUCAACUAAAAUGGAUUUAUUGGCAUUAAUAUUGGUAUUUUAGUAGGAAUAGUAAGAAGAAUGUUGUAAGGACAUGCCGUAAGAACGCAUCCGUGAUACUACAAGUUCCACAAAUGAUUAAAUGGUCAAUUCAAUGAUUAACAGCAAAUCGUUUUAUUGAGACAUUAAUCAAUCUCAAUGAGGAAGUAUACUUUCCUGACGGAAUCAUUAAUGUUUGUCGGACAAUUAUUGUGACACCACCAUAAACGGGACAUUUAGAUUAUGUAAUGUCACAUUUGCAUUAAUCAAACGAGAUGUCCAUUGUGAGGGAAGCAAGACGACAAUUCACAAAAUUAUUUUGAUAUCUGCAGUUCAUCAAAAUUUGAAAACGUACUUCUUCAGUGUGACCGCUCUUGUCUUUGGCUUGUAGUUGUACUUUACACCAUCGACGGUGAAAUGACAAAAUACAUUCUAUCCUUUGUACGGUCAUUGCUUCUUUCUUAUUGACAAAAAAGCGGCGAACCCGUCUUACCUGAAGUGAGGCUAGUAGAAUUUCUCAAGAAUUUCUCUGUUUUAACAUUUCCUCCCAUAUGUUAUAUAUGGCGGCAACUAUGGCUCUAACCUCAAGUACAGUAGCAGGCGCCGUAACAGACGAUAACAUCACGUUUGAAAAUGAAGAAGAAUUCCACACUGGACUCGCGGAAAUCUUUGAAGCCACAUUCCUUGUUUUGGUGUCGAUUCUAGGGACAUUUGGAAACAUUUUGGUAAUAGCUGCGGUGUUGAGCACACCAACUCUGCGGACACGUGGCAAUGUAUUCAUCAUCUUUCUUGCCAUCACAGACUUAAUAACAACAGCUUUCUUGGCGCCCUUUUUCAUCUUCACGUUACUGAAAGGAGGUUGGCCUUACGCCGAAAUAUACUGUGAUAUUCUAGGAUACGCAGCUCUGAUAUGUCUUUCGUUAUCUGUUAUGUCUUUGGGCCUGAUAGCUAUCACGAGAUACGUCGCCGUGACUCGUCCAAAGCACGUUUUCCAAAAGCAAUGUAAUACAUGUGUCAUCAUUAUUGCAUUCGGGGUGCUGGCAACAUUGAAUUGCCUCAUCGUUAUCUUGCCGGAAUUAGCACAAUUUGGCAGCGUGGGGUACAAUUCUGAUCUUGGACACUGUUCCAUGCUUUGCUCUGAAGAUCGAGACUGGUGGUACUGCGCGACCUUGUUCCUUGGAGGAGUAGUGACGACAAUGACCAUCACACCUGCAUACUAUGCCCUGACACUUUGGGUGGUUCGCAAGAGCAGAAUAACCGUUGCUGCGAUCAACCGCAACAGUGAGAGACAUCAUGCUAACGUCAAAGGCAACGUUCCUCAAGCAGCCAACCGAGCCCCAACACUUAGCCGCGAAGAGAUAAGAUUGACCAAGAAACUUAUGCUUCUGUUUCUUAUUUUCUUUAUCUGUUGGUUUCCAUACUCCAUCGUGAUUUUUACCGACAGGAAUGGCAUCGUCCCGACGCCACUACACCGAUUCACAAACCUUUUCGUCUGGGUCAACUCCUGCCUUAACCCCUAUCUUUACGCUUGGAUGAUGCGUUCGUUCCGAAAUGCAUACAAAAGUGUGACGAAGUUUCACAAAUGGAGGAAGUAUUUGCCUUGUAAGAAAGUACGUGAAGGGGUAGAUUCUGGGUCAUCCAUUAUCAUGACACGAGGGGCGACUUUGUGAAAGACUUUAAACCUGUACUUUAAAGCAUAACAAAUAAAUCCUUUGACUUCAUUUAACACAUCUAGACUGUCAUCUCAAAGUGGACGACAUACCACUUGACUGCCUCUGUUUCUAGUACAAUCAAGUACGGAUAAUUUGGAUACACAUGUAUAUACCUAAUCUAUGAUUAUAUCGAUAAUGUAUACAUGUUCUUUUGGAUAUUCGCGAAACAAAUAUAUUGAAAUCUCAAUCGUCUGACGAAAACAAGUUAACCAUGUGAACGAUUUAUUUCAGAAUAUAUGAAUAAUGAAUAUCAAUUGAUUUUAAUCUCCUUAUAUUUAUGAUAUACUAAUGCUGUAUAACUUUCAGUCAGGUUUGAAAAUUAAUAUGAGCAAAAUGAUAAUGGAAGAAAGUUGGUGUUAAUUAAUGUGAUGACAAUCCUUGUUAUUUGAGGAAAAUUUAUGACCUUCCUGAUAUAAAGUCACCAAGCGACGCUAAAUGCUCCAUGUACUCUGAAUAAAAUAGUAUUGACUUGAUGGGAAUAGAAAUUAAUCCCACAUAAUGCUGGAGGUUCACCAGAGUGAUUGUAAAUUUGAAAAUAUACUAUCAUCAUAAAUGUCACCCGCAAACUCGAGCCCUACUUUAAUUAAUCCACAUUCAUUCACUGAAUUACCUCCAAUGUUAUAUAUUCCAGUGGCCCAUUGAAGUAGACGGGCAAUUAAAACCAACUCCCCAAAUCAGUGUGUGUGUGUGUGUGUGUGUGUGUAUUUGAGUUUUGUCAGACGUGUAUCAAUCAGAUAUGAUUAUUUACGUCUGGGACCGACCUUUAACGUCACCAUCCGAAAGAUGGUAACAUGAUUUUUUUAACCAACCAGAAGUGUACAUUAAAUACUAGUGUAUAAGUUGUAUGAAUGAACUCGAAAUCGGGUUGCAAACGGAUAGUGCAAUGUGCUCCGGGGUUUAGAAUCUUCCACUCACUACUUCUUUUGUUUCAUAAUAUAAUAGGAAAUAUGAAAUAUCAUAUUUUCCUAAUAAUGUGAAACGAAGUUUGAUUCCUACAUACUUGAACAUGUGGAUUGCAAACGGUGUAACCAAAUGUAACUCCGUAAAGAUUUCUUGUGAAUACACAUAAUCCAAAUCACAGAAUAUUGAGAUAACCAUUUACAGGUUUUAUUUUUUAUCAAUCGAAAUCGUUUAAAAGUCGCAAGUUUAUACUACGAAAACAUGACAUGCGGAGCCCAAAUAUAAAUUUGCAAACCGAAUGCUAUACAUGAUAAAGCAGUCCUCUAAAAAAAUAAUAUUUAGAGAUUACAGGUAUAUAGUUUUUGGUGAUUUUUUCCACCCCAAGCGUGCUUUAUCAAUGAUCAUGAAAAGUAAACGUUUAUUGGUGUCCAAUGGGGGGGAAAUAGAUUCCUAACUUAAAGUUUGGCAUGAUGUUAGAAAUACUAAAAUCAUAUUUUUACUUUGCGGCAAGCGCUGUGGUCGGAGUAAAGUCCAAAUCGGCUUCAAGUCGCAGCUGAUGAUGACGUCAUUACGAUUUGGAAAUUGAAUUUGUUUUUUAUUCAUUCAGUGAGGCUCGAACUGGACUGAAUUUUCGAAUUCAGUAGUCCGAUACUAUUCUGAACUCUGAUCCGUAAGAUUUUAUUAAUUGGAAUGUCCAUAUCACAUGUUAUCACAAUUUCUUUGAAAUUCGGAUCGCAACGAAUCGCACACAGCAAAAACUGUGGUAUUAACCGGUGUACGUAGAGGACCACACCAGUUAUUUUACACCGGUGUUAUAUUGACAGUGUUAUUUGAACACCUAUAGGUGUUAUUGCAACACCAUUGGUUGUUACAUUUACACUAUUUGGUGUUAUGGUAAAUCUCGAGGGUGUAAUUUUAACACCUCAGGGUGUGGUCCUCUAUUAACACCAACUGGUGUCACUUUUAACACCACAUUUUUUACAGUGCAUAGUGUGAGCCGGGUUUUAUGAAACGGGCCCCAGAUUAGAAUACGUGUACCGGAGAAUUAACAAGCGAUGUUUAGAGUAUUUUGAAUUAUUAAUGAUGGAAUAUGAUAGCGCCAGCAGAUAAAUUGGUAUUAUUCUUUUCAUUGAUUUAGACUCCAAUGAAUAAUGAAAACAGUUCUAAGGUAAGCCAGAAAGGUUUUGCUUUUUAACGAGCAUGCAUAAGUUCGUUGAAAAUGAAAAUGUGUUAUUAAAUUGAAAAUGUGUUCUCUAUAGAUUAAUUGCUUAAUGUUUAACUCUUUAACAAAACAAUAGUUCGUUUCUCACAAUGGUAUCGUAAUAUAUUUUGUUGGUAUAUUGGUAGUAAUAUUGAUUGCGUAAAAUGUGAGAUGACAAUUGAGUUUCUAUUGUCACGACUUAUGGAAUUGUGUGAUGAAUAGGAUGGAUUAACCAAUAUGCAUAUCACUUUUAUAUAAUGACAGGGCUUUCACGACAAGAUUGAUUGACUCGCUAUAUAUUUUAGAUAUGAGGAAUCUAAAAGGUAGAUAAUUUGUUUCGGGGGUGGACUUUACGCACAUACAUAUAUAAUUGACAUCUUUAUACGGGUGAUGGUGGUGUGCGUGUGGGAGGCAAUAGUAAUAGACACAGCUAGGAAUAUGAUUAAAGGUCAAGUCCACCUUAGAUAAUUGUUGAUAUGAAAAAAUAGAGAAAUAUCAACUUAGCACAACACUGAAAAUUUUAUCACAAACGAAUGUAAAAUAAGAAAGUUAUUGCAUUUUAAAGUUUUGCUUUAUUUUUCACAAAAUAGAUAUGCACAACCCAGCGAUUUGCAAAUGAGAGAGUUGAUGAUGUCCCUCACUCACUAUUUCUUUUGCUUUUAUUGUUUGACUUAUAUAAUAUCUCCAUUUUUACCAAUGUGACAAUAAUGACCAACUUGACUGAACUAUAAAAUGUUGAAUAGCAAUUCUACAUGUUCAGGGACGAACAGAAGUUUGUUUUACAGGAUAAUGAUGAGAAAAACAGAAUAUUUCAUAUAAAAUACAAAAGAAACAGUGAGUGGGUGACAUCAUCAUUCACCCCAUUCGCAUACUGACCAUGAUGUGCAUUAUAACUGAUGUGUGAAAUUAAGCAAAACCUCAAAAUGUCUUUAUCUUACAUCCGAUUUUGAUGAAAUUUUCAGUGGCAUGCUUGUUGGAUUUUUCUCUUUAUUUAAAUCAACCUUUUGUUGGAGUGGACUUGUCCUUUAUAGAAAUGUGUCGUACGAUAAAUAUAUUCAGUGGAGUAACAUUCACUCAUUUAUUUGAUAAAUCUCUUUAGUAAUUUUGAGCUGGGCAAUAUACAUUUUUUUUAUUAAAAAAAAUCAUUGUCAUUAAUUUGUCAUUUAAAAAGGUAAAAACGAAUUGACUUCGAGAAAAUAUGAUAAUGAAAAAUGCAAUACAUUGAGAUAAGUAUUGAAGUCAGUUUAACAGAUUAAGUUCGUCACAGAAGUUGCGUCGCACACCUUACGACUGGUCCACAAUUCGAUUUCGGAACAAAUCGCAGUUUGCUCAACUUCUGAAAAUGUGAAUGAAAUGUAUCUUUUUAUAUGAGGUUGAAAUUAAAAGCACUAUAACAAUUUUGGAUUAUUGCAAAAAUUUGCAGGCCUUUAUUUUGAAGUAAAGGCCAAAUGAGUUUCAAAUCGUAGCCAAUCGUACGAUUGCUAUGACGUCUUUACUAGAUAUUAAAUUCGCUUUUAUUCUAACACGGAACAUAGCAUAGUCACAAAUUUGAACAUACAUAUUCGUAAGAUGAUUUAGAACAUUACACAGUAAGACAUAAUACGUCUCCAUAUUGUCAUCCAAUAGUUCUGUACUACAUUUUAUUCCAAAAUCUGGUCGCAGACCAAUCGUAAGGUGGCCUUGAAAGGGGGAUAGGGUUAUGCGCAUGUUUAUAAAAUUUCAAUAUACAUCGAUCUACUAUCAAUUCAACUUAUUGUGAAUUACGAUGAAACCUUUUCAGAAUCAAUCAUAAUUAUUAUUCCCCGUUUUUCAUAUUGAGAUCUCAUUUUCUUUCCUCCAUAGUAAAGCUUUCCGCUUGAAAGAUAUUCUCAUUUAAUUUCACAAAUUAUCAUGAUUAUACUUUUCUCCCAUGUAUAUUCUUACAUGAUCUCCAACAGUAACAAAUAUUUGAUGCUGUUUAUAUGUCUUUGGUUGAUUAAUUAAUUUACUCCACUAUGUCCACUUAAAGGGAAUGAAGUGCUUGCACCCGAUGAUAGCUUUGUAUCCGUUUUAUUUUAUGACAACACAUAUCACAAAAUAAAUAUUUGGUGUAUUCUCUUAAUCUGAUUUCUACUUAUUAUUCCUGAAAAUAAAGUAACAACAAAGUAGUUGUCAACUGAAUGAUUGGAGAUAAAUUUCAUGUUUUGAUAUAUACCAACAAUGAUUUUUUUCAUGCUGUUGCGUGUACGCUACUAUUAAAACAAAGGGUUCGAUGAAAUGACAGCCAGU